UUAAGGGCUCAUUGAAAGGAGCAGAAGAGAGAACGUUAGAAGUACAUUACAGCUCAACAUACAGGAAAAUUGCCCACAAAGUCUCUUAAGACAUUUUGGCAUAUAACACGGCUCCACCAACGCCACUCUGUGUGCAGUAGUCACGAUAGUAUACCAUACUAGUAUCAACACUAUAAAGCUGGAUACAAACCAUGUACCUUGCAUCAGGACCAGCAGGGGUUAACAUUUGCAUUAUAUUAUUUUUGUUGAUCUCUUGCAAUAGCAGUACUAGUACAAGUAGUACUGAUGAUGGAGACAGUUUUUUAAGAAACUGUCCAAAAGAAUGCCGAUGCUUCAGCACAUCGCCGUCUUACCACACAGUUGAUUGCUCCGGGAGGUCCAUCAGAUCCAUACCCCUGGGGAUUCCACGUAAUACAACCGUCUUAGACCUACGAAACAUCGGUCUUUCUGAAAUACCGCCAUUUGCAUUUAGUCAUCUGAAGAGUCUAAAAGUUCUUUACAUAGGAGGAAAUAGCAUAACAGCAUUCAACGAGGACAGCUUUGCGGGUUUAAAGGUAUUGGAACAUUUGAAUUUGUUUCCAACUCAUCCAGGUAUGAAUAUCGAUUAUACUGCCUUCCCUCCAUCUUUGUUUCGUGAUUUAACGUCGUUAAAAACCCUUCGUAUUGGUGGAAAGGAUUCGGGUAUAAAUGUUCAACAAGAUUACUUAGAUCGCACAAUGUCACCAUUACAUCAGUUGGAGGAGUUGUUUCUUUAUUAUGCGCCUCAUGGAAAUAUAACACUUGGUCCUGGAUAUAGCAAUUUAUCGUCUCUGAAGACACUAGUUUUCCAAAUGCAUUCAGGACCUGAGAUACAGUUGCGAAAAGAGGCUUUCGUCUGGUUAAAAAACUGCCCAAUCGAAAAACUUGCUUUCAUUAACUGCGGCAUUAACCGUGCAGAACCAGGCAUGCUGUCCAUUUUUCCACGUUUAAAGGUGUUAGAUCUGGAGUGCUGUUAUUUUCUGUCAUCUCAGAAUGUGAAAGAUUUUAUCUGUGGCUUAAAGAACACCUCAAUUGAAACCAUUCGCAUGAAUAAUAUCUAUGGAAUGCGAGAUAAUGGUGCCGUACUUGUCUCACAAUGGACGAUAUCAGCUACAACAUUCAGAUGCUUAGAAAAUACGUCGCUGAAAACAUUGGAAUUAAUAAAGAACAGAAUAGAAUGGUUUGACCUGAAUAACUUGCAUUACUUUCCGAAUUUGGAGUAUCUUGAUCUGUCUCAUAAUGUCAUGAUCUUUUUCCCCGUAAAUGGAAAGGACAACUAUGGGGUAAACAGUGCCUCGGUUAAAUUUAUUAAAAUAUUUGCAUUACUAAGGAACUUAAAGUACGCGAGAAUCGACAAUAACUUGAGGAACAAAAAUAAGAACCCUCCAAGAUGUAAAUUAACGCAUUCUUUUUGGAAAGGCCAUCCAUCAUUCAAGCUUAAGAAAGGCGUUGCCGGAUCUUUAAAUGAAAAGUAUUUGCCUUCACCAAUUGCAAAAUAUUUUCUUCCUGCUUCUUUGGAAUUCUUGUCGAUGAGUUGGUGGUUUGUGCUGGACGAUAAAGGUACAGCUGAUUGCACCUUACCGGGAAGUAUAUAUUUUUAUCCAAAUAAGCUUCGCUUUCUAAGGGUUGAAGGUACUGGUUCAAAGUCAAUCUCUCAUGUGGUAUAUGGAUUGGACAAUCUGGAGCAUUUUGAUGCUUCUCAUAAUAUUCUCAGUUGUCUUCCAAGAGAUUUUUGCAACGGUCACUUUCCAUCUUUGAGGUUCUUAAAUGUAGGCGACAACAAACUAGGACCUCUAAUAGGUGAGGGUGGAAUACAUCUAGUAAAACUUCCGAGCUUAGAGUUUUUGGACUUAUCAGUGAAUGAGAUCAGGACCAUCCCUAAGAACUUUUUCGAACACCUUGUCUCCCUUCAACGACUUGUGUUAAGCGGCAACCGCCUUAAUACGGUGUCGUUCAGUAUGAUAAGCUUUGUGUCUGUGGAAUACAUAGAUCUCAGCAACAACAAACUACAGGCAUUUUCAUCAGAAGAAUUGGAAACUAUAGGAAAGUUAAAUUCAAGCUUUACCAUUGAUUUGAAUAACAACGCUGUGAACUGCACCCGUUGCGAUGGGAAGGAAUUUUUUAAAUGGCUUAUUUUUUCCAAUAUUACUGUGGCAUUUUCCAACAACUCCGAUUGCCCUAUGAAUGGUUCAAAAACGAGUCUGCGGACUACACUGAAUGGACUGCGUGAGAAAUGUGAUGUUGGCAGUCAAAUAACUAAAGCUCAAAAUCAGUGGCUGUUCCUCGGGAUAUCCCUGACCAAUAUCGCUGGCGUGACGUGCGGUUUGAUAGCAGCGUACAUUUAUCGCUGGAAUAUUAAAUAUCGGCUAUACCUGGUGCGACGCCGGUUACGUAGACAAGGAUUUAUUACAACCCCGCCCGGUCACGUGUACAUUUCAUACGAUGACGGUGAUUAUCAUUGGGUAGUGAAUAGACUUUUACGUCAUUUAGAAGAGGAGAACGAGCUUGACGUCAUCAUAGAUGAGAGGGAUUUUAUUGGUGGAGCAUCUCUUGCUGAAGCUAUCGUCGAAGCUGUGGAUAACAGCAGGAAGACAAUUCUCGUUCUAUCAGAAAAUUUCGUGCUAAACUCGUGGUGUGAAUUUGAGUUUCAAAUGUCAUUGGCUCGUGGGUACAACACAGUGAUACCAGUCAUGUUUCAAACGGUGCCGUUUGAUACCAUGACGAAAUCGCUUCGGAAAUUCAUUAAGGCAAGAGGCUAUGUAAAGUGGACAGACGUCUCAAGGAUGCCAUUCUUGACAUAAAUAAUCACCUUGUCCUAAAUGGCGAAAAUGACGACACUGAGAUGCUGUAACAGUCACAUAUUUUAUCUGACAGAUUCUGCAGAAAAAUGUAAAAAGAAAGAAACAAUACCCUUGGGAUUGUCUGAUAUAUGAAAAACUAUGAAUGGUGUAUUUUCGUUGUGUAUCAGAUGUUACAUCUGUAUUAUUUGCAUUUGUGUUCAUAUGUGUGCAUCGUGACCACCGUCAACAUAGUAAUGCAUAUGCGUGAUAGUAGGAAGUCGGAUAAAUGGGGCUGUACAUUAUAUUGGAUAAAUUUUAAUGAUCUGUUCAAUUUCGUUUCCAUUUCGCCAAAUUUGUCACGGGUAUCGUCAGCUUCCAUUAAUUAUUUCAAACACUGGAAUCUGUCGCUUCAUUACAUCUCUUUUUUAUCCCUGGUAGUGGAGAGUGGGGACUAUACGGGCGGGUGUAUGCAUAUAUCAGCUUCUUUUAGUUAUAGGUACACAGUAACAUGUCAAAGUUAUGUUAAACAGGAUUUUCCUGCUUAAAGCCCUUUGCUUUUGAGAUUUGGAAACAGAUAGCAUUGGUUUAAGAUAAACAUGGGAAGAAGAAAAUACCAGUGAUUAAGUCCAGAUGUAAAAUAUAUGACAAAUAUUUGUUUAAACCUGUAUAUUCUCAUAUUCUGAAAUCUGCAAGCAACGUAAAAAUACACAAUAAGUACUGUGAAUUGAUCACUGUUGAAUCCAAGCAGGCUGCAUGUUAAAUUUUAAGUAAAAAAACUAUCUAUAUUUAGGCCUAUCUAGGACUAUCUAUAUUUAGGAAAACAUUUGAGUAAAGAUACAGUUGUCCUUAUACCGGUCUCUUUUAUAUUCCGGAAGCAAAAGUGUUUGUUAAACAUGGUUUAUUGUCGGAAUCACUCUUUCCUAUAUAUGUUAAUGCAAGUUAAUUACAUUUACUCCACUAAGCCUUUUUGUAGAUAUUGUUUGAAAUAGGAUGACAUUAUCGGAGGAAAUAAAACAUCUC